AACAAAGGCGAAAACCCCGCAGAGGUGAAAAGGAAAGAAAGUCUGUGAUCCCACCAUAAAAACAGGGGAAAUACCCUGAAAUAGUCCGUGUUUUUCUACUGACUCCACCUGUUCCAGUGAAUGGAGCUGAUUUAAGUUACACUGAGUCAUGGUUGAAGAGCCAGCAGCAGAAAUACAGCUGCUCAGGAGCCUGAAGGCAAAGCUAAUAGAGAUUCUGAGCGGCGACGCCGACUUUGUGCUGCAGCGUGCCCACUCCCGCAGCCUGCUGUCUGAACCCGGCUACCAGCGGGUGAAAGCGUGCCGUGUUCCAGGUGAGAAGGUGACGGACCUGCUGGAUCACAUCCUCCAGAGAGGGCCUGAAGCAGCACGGGGACUCCUGGAGCUACUGAAGGACCAGGACCUGCAGGAAACCUUCCCACUGCUUGGUUUUGUAAAGGAUCUGCAAGUCACUACAGCGCCAUCAGAAGCAACAAGGAAGAAAAAGCAAGCACCUGACACAGAGGAGAUCAUUCCUGUCAAAAUGAUCUGCAGAAACCGCUCUCGCUUGGUGACAGAGAAGCAGCUGAUGACCGUGGCCCGUGCCAUUGGCAGUUCUUGGCGAGAGAUCGGCAGACUGGCUCUGGACAUCCCCACUGUGAAGCUGGAGCAGAUUGAGGAGGACAAAUCCCAGCACGUGGAGCGAGUGUUCGCCAUGCUGGGACACUGGCGCACCUGCCAGCGGGAAGAAGCCACCGCGGCUCACCUGCACUCCCUGCUCAGUCAGGAUGACUGGGCCCUGCCACCGGAGAGAAUCGACUUUCUGUUGGAGACUGUCUGAGGCCUUCACUGUCUGGGUGAAAAACAUUCAAAGUUGAGGGUUAUUACUGGGAAAUCUGUUUUAUUUCCUGGCAAAUUGACGGUUGUUCCAUAUUAGUUAACAACAUUUUCCUAAGCUUAAAAUGGAUCAUUUACUUUUAAUGACAUUUCAGUUUGAUAUGAAAUGUUUCUUUUCUUUUCUAAAAUGUAUUUUAAAAGAUUUUUUUAUUUUUGUAUCUGCAGCAGGGAUUUUCAUUCUCCUUUCAGUCAAUGAAAUUGACUCAAUUCAUUCUAUUGUAUAAACGCUAUCUCAACGCAUUACAUUUACAUUUUUACAUUUUUCAUUUAGCUGACGCUUCUUUCUAAAGCGACUUACAAUAAGUGCAUUCAACCAUGAGGGUACAAACCCAGAACAACAAGAAUCAAGAAAGUACAAUUUCUUUAAAAAAAAAGCAAAACUCCAAAGUGCUAUAAGAACUCAUCAUUUAAUAAACAUUCUACCUGGAUCUGAA